AUGGGGUAUUUAAGUAAGAAUUCCAUGAAGGGCUUGGAAGUGUCCGUUCCCCCCGAUCUGGACAGCCCUCCAUUCUAUAUCCCGGUCAAAUCGAUCCGCGGAAGAUACACGCUGAUGCAAGAGCUGGGAAACGGCAGUUUCGGAUCGGUGACGCUGGCGAAAAAAAUCUACAAGGCCCCGUGUCCGGGCUGCAAGAACUGCAACCACUACGACGACAAGAUCGAAACGGGCACGCCAAUGUUGCAGCAAGAAAGCCAACAGUUGCAGUGCGAGCCUUGCGACUCCCGGCCUCAUUACCGUAACACGCUCAUGGAAGACUCUGCUAUCUUCAACGUGGAGCAGGAAAACUAUUACAACAAGCAGCGCGGGGUUCUGGCCAUCAAAACAAUGAUGACGCGACUUCCAACUCUGAACGACUACACCCGGGUGCGCGAAAUCAAGUUUAUACUAUCGAUGCCUGCCCACAAAAAUCUGGUGCAGAUAUUCGAGCUUUUCAUCGACGACAUCAAUUACCAGCUUCACAUCGUCAUGGAGUGCAUGGAGCAGAAUCUGUACCAGCUCAUGAGAGCACGUCGAAGACGUGUUUUUUCCCUGCCAUCAUUGAAGUCUAUUUUGUCUCAACUGUUGGCAGGAGUCCAGCAUAUUCACGCGCAUAACUUCUUCCACCGGGAUCUGAAACCAGAAAACAUCUUAAUUUCCCCGGCAAACCACUAUUUCAACAAAAAUUGGAUAAUGGAAGGCCAUUACAGUGAUAACUACGUGGUCAAAAUUGCAGAUUACGGUUUAGCUCGUCAUGUUACCAACAAAAGCCCGUAUACAGCAUAUGUCUCCACGCGAUGGUACAGGUCCCCUGAAAUUUUACUAAGAAAGGGAUCUUAUUCACGACCUCUUGAUAUCUGGGCUUUUGGAUGUGUAGUGGUCGAAGUCGCCACGUUUAGACCACUCUUUCCGGGCUCCGAUGAAAUGGAUCAAAUAUGGAAAAUCUUGGAAGUUUUGGGUACCCCUCAUACAAUGUCCGAGAGCAGCAUCAGCGGGUAUCAACCACACGGCGGAUCUUGGGAAAAAGCCCAGUUAUUAGCAUCAAGGAUGCGUCUCAAAUUUCCUUAUGUGGAGGGCAUAAAUAUUGAAAAGAUCAUCGAUAAUCCUAAUCUACAGCCGCUUUGUGAUGUAGUCAAAGCGUGUCUUACUUGGGAUCCGAAAAAAAGGGCCACUGUCACUGAGCUAUGUCAAAUGUCAUAUUUCCAAAACACAGAGGUGGGCAAUUAUGCUCGCGUUCCAAAGGCGCUCAACGACGAAAACAUUAACAGAAUUGUGCCAGUUGGUCAUCAAAGCAAUUGGGGUUCCAAACUACCGAUUAAAAAAGCCUUCAGUGGGAACCAAAAUCUACAGAUUCCAUCUUUGGGUCCCAACGUCAUUGAUAUGAAUGGUGGAAGAUUUGGCAAUUCAAAGGAAGGGCAAAUGUCAUUUCAACAGUUUCUACAGGAGUCCGCAGUUUCUGAUCCACUCACGGAUUCAACUGUCAGUAGCAGUGUCGGAGAAGAAGAGAAACCUGACUCUCAAGAUGAACUACUAGGAAAUAUGAUAUCAUUGCCUCUGUCCCAGCAGUUAGACAACGACCUGCCUCUCUCGACAUCAGCCCCAGACAUCAUCAAUGUAGACCAGAUCAAGCCGCUGGAGGUCUGUGAGAGCUUUAAUGAGUAUUACAUCACUAAAUCCACCGAAUACGGAGAAUUCAACACGGUAGACUCUCUCGGCGACUUGGAACCCAACUAUGUUCAUUACGAAGAAGGCAAUAAUGUACACCCUCAGCCCCGUUGCAAUGUGCUAGAUGACAUGUCCAUCGACUCUAAUGCAUCUGGUCAAAUCCCUCGCUCAUUUGCUGUUCCUCAAAUCACGGAAGAUUGUGGCGACACAUCGUUGGAAGACCACAAUAGCCACAGCUUCUCUCACACGAAUAGCUUAACAUUCUAA